UUGCAUUUGUAAGAGGUAAAGUAAACAAUAAUUUAAGAUGGGAAAGCUUAAAUGAGAAGGUUGAAGGGUGGCGACAACCACAAGCGUCAACAUGGAAGCAUGAUGGAAACAUGCAUUUCAUGUGAGGUUGAGCUGGACACACAGAAAAAAAAAAUCAAUCAAGAUGUCAACCUGAUUCACAUUUUUAAUGUUGGUGCUUCAACAUUUAUGUUUGUUUUUAACAUAAAAAGAGAUAAAGAUUGCAUUAGAAUUGGAUAUUCCUUUUGUGUUGGACCCAAUAUCAUUAGUCUAAUUUAGAGUCAAACUAAAAUAUUGAAUAUGGGUAUUGCCAAAAGUGAUCACUCAUACCUAAUUUAACCUACAAGCCAUGCAUGGCAAUUUGCAUGGAGUAUUUAAUUUUCCCCAUUUUGGCAGAACGUGCAUUGCUCCAUGAAUGAUCUAUCCGAGGUUGUUUCUUGAAUCAUAUAAAAAAAGGUUGCACUACGAAUCGGGUCAGGUCGGGUCGGGUCCAUUAAAUAUUCCCCAACUUUUCUCGAGAAAUGUUUGUCUCUUUUUUUUCUCUCGUUUCAUGCACAACAAGUACCAUCGUAUAUGUACAAGGUAAUGUCACAUUCAUUUCAAACAGUCACAUAACAUACGAUGAAGGUGGUUUAGCCUUUCUGGUUAAACUAAUUUACUCCGUUUCAUAUGUUUACAUGUCCAAGUUUAUGUUUGUAGCUAGCUAGUCACAAGUGACGUAGUGUGUGACCGUGUAAUGUCGUUGGAUCGAAACAGUUAGUUUUCGACGAAACGAUUAUACCCCUGAUCGAGAUUAUAACUUUAACUUUGUAUUUGAAUCGUGGCGCCCCUAAUCUAAUUAAGGUGAGGAACUGCUUUUGCUUAUUCGACACAAACAACGGUUUGAACCCACCUUCAGUCUUAACUCAAAUCAUGAGCCCUUAGCGAAGAAAUUUGAUGUGGACCGGAAGGGAAAACAAGGAAAAUCCAACUUCAGGUUACACUGAGGUCUUCUAUAUCCCUCUGAAUACUCCUAAUCUCUAAAUCUGAUCUUAAUCCUUUGUCCUCCUCAUGCCAUGGACUAUUCUCUCCUAUUCCAAAUCCAUUGUACAGUUGAUUAGGUCUAUCUCUACAAUAGAUAGAUAUAUAGGGAAUGUCUGUAUGAGCUAGUAUUACACCGUCAAACUACAUGUUUACAAUAUACUGAUCGGUUUUGAUCGAUAUUGUUGUGUCUACGUAUAUUACCCGAUGAAUAGGUUAUAUUAAUUGUUUUGGUAUUAUUUUACAAUCAUUGCAACACUAACCACCCAUUAAACUAUUUUCUCCAUUACCGUUUAUAGUAAAAUCUCACUAAUCAUAGUUCACGAAAUUGACAAUAUCAACUAAAAACGUUGACAUGAACAAACAAAUUUAUUACAUAUAUUCCCAAAAUACGGGAAAAUGGACGGAAACAAAAAGAACAAUAAAGAAACAAACAAAAAAAAAAAAAAGGUCCACUCGCUUUUUGGGUGACCCGACCGAAUCGGGCGCGUGUCCCUUAAAAGGUUUCUAAUUCUUACACACACUCUGCACUUCUGCAGCUGCCGUCUUCCAUUCUCAAAUCCAAUACCAGCAAAGAAGAGUGAAGUUCAGAUAGUGAAGAGCGUCGCCGCCAUCCUCCUCCUUUCCGUCGUCCUUCGCCGUCGCCGCCGUCCUUUGGUGAAGCAGAUCUAAGCCGCUACUUCACUACCCGUAAGUUUCCCCCUAACAAGAAGUCCUAGAAACCUUCCAAGAUCUUGGCUCUUUGCUUCCGAUAGCUGGGUUCUUCUCCCCCCCUGAUAAAUGUCGUUGAUACAGCUUCAAAAUUAAGAUGCCGCCUACUCAGAAAGGAAUUACCGGUGGGAAAAAAGGGAAACCCAGAAGGCAGCAACGCCCUCAGGACUUGUGUGGAGAGAAUCUCAAUUUGCCAUUAUCGGUGGACUGGAGAGAUUGGAACUGGAGGCAGAAUGCUGUGAAUGGGAUGGAAGUAAUUAAGAGUACGAUUAAAGAUCAAGGCAUCCUGCAGACCUGUGCGGUCAACUCUGUGUCCACCUUGGUCGAAACAGCCUGCAACAUCAAGUACUUUGGGAGGCAAGGUUAUCCGGUGACCCUUUCCGUGCAGGAGCUCAUUGACUGGGUGGUGCCUGAUGACGCUAAAACAAGGGCAGUAUCCACACUCAAGAAGGUCUUCAAGUGGGUUGAGGUCGAGAAGCUGUGUUUGGAGGAGAAUUAUCCAUAUGGUAAGGAUGGAAAACCAAGCAAGAAGCGCAAGGUUAAGGAGCCAGGACAUCGGCUGAUGGCCAAAAGCAUUAUGUACAACCACACGGAAGAGUAUAAAGUCGAUGAAGCAAAAGUGAUCAGGAUGGUGACAAAGAAGCCGGUUGUUGGUGUCAUUAGAGGGCUCAAAAACUUGAAAAACUGGGAUGGAAAGGAGAUAUUGCAAGGUGAUAUAGUUGAUGGAAGUGCCAAGGGAAAGCGGAAGAACGGGGGAAGUGAUCUCAUGCAUGCAGUCUUGAUCAUUGGCUAUGGCACGGACCCAGCUACUGAGAUCAACUACUGGCUCAUCAGGAACUCGUGGGGGGUUGAUUUUGGCGACAACGGCUAUGGAAAGAUCGCUCGGGCUUGUAGCCUGCCUGGUGGUCGCACGUUGUUGAACCGUAUUGGCAUAGUCGAGGGUUCAGAGGACUAGAAGUGAAGUGCGUCCGACUUGCUUGUGGUUGGUGACAUUGGUAUAUAGCUUAUCUUGGUAGCACUCGCGCGCGACAUUGUUUGUAGGUCGAUGAUCUCUACGAUGUUACGUAUUUGCUGGCUCUGACAUAUGGACAUGUAUGGGAUUCGUUUAUCGUACUUUUGAGGCAAACCCAAAUUAGGCUAUGAGUACACUUAUGCUCUAGCAAUUCGGUCAAAGCAUUGAAAGUUAGUAUUAUAUACUUUUGUUAUAAUCUACAUAGUUGAUCCUCAUUAGUUCAUCCUUAUUCCAUUCUCCUACUUUGAUGACGCUAUUCAACCGUGGAUCCCAUGUUUGCACAUCUUUAUAUUAACAAAGUAACAAUGCCUAUCGCCUCCUCAUUUAUCGAACGAUAAAGAAUUGUGACAUGUGCCAUCUACUAGUCUCUUGAGGCGCUAAACCUAUAUAUAAUGAUCAAGAAAGAAACUGUUUGCGAAAUCCUAACUGCUUAAGGAUUAACUGAAGCAUACAGCAAACGGAGAUAGAAUAAGAUCUUCCUGUCACAGAACACAUCAGGGAUCAAUUAAGUUGCUAAGAAAAGUAGUGCAAGAAAUCCAUAACUUAGUAUCCGAUUAGAAAUCUUAACUACAAUUCUGAAGACACGAGAGAUGAUAAAUAUUGCGAUGAAAGUUAUCAAAGCAACACUACCCCUAUGAAGCGAUGAAAGUUAUCAAAGCAACACUACCCCUAUGAACUACGGGCUUCAGACUAAUACGACAAGCUUAAAUAGAUCCUUCACUCAACGAUUCUCUCUGAUCGACCUGUGCAAGAGAGAGAAAAAAAACAUAAAAAGCGAUUUAGCUUCACUCAGCCAAACUCCAAACACAAAAGCUUCAGAGAAUGUUCAGAAGAAAGAGACAUGCAUACACGUGUGAAAUGGAUAUAUAUCCUCCUGGAUAGUCAUGGUGAUGCUUAGCCCUAGCUUUUACCUUAAAGAAAGAUGAAAAAGCAUACAGCAAUGUUUAGUAUCAACCCUACCACGACUUCAUUCAUCAUCACUUCUCUCUCUAGCAUGUUCAACCACAUACUUUCCUCAAUCACACUGCCAAUAUCUAGGUAGUUAGGUAGUUCACUCCCUCUAGGAAUAAACAAACAAGCCUAGUAACUUUUCACUUAGUCUCUCAUAUAGACACAGCACACUUCUGUUCCUUUUUGCAUUCUUUUUGCUCUCUCCCUAAUUUCUUAAUACAAAUACCAUAAUCAG